AUGGGGACCAACCGUGGUACCAAAGGAGCUCUGGAUUACCAAAAGGAUCUUGGCUUCUUCAACUGGGUGGUUGAUACAAGCAGAUGCAAGAGGUUGAUGGAGAACCAGGAGGCUACCUUCACGGGAGAGGCGGUAACUAAGCUUUCUAUUUAUUAUUUGCAUUUCCUUUUUUUUAUUACCGAUAGUUGCUUGAGGUUUGUGUAUGCAGCCCUGGACAGUGAUGAUUUAUUAUACCCUAAGGAGCAGGAAGCAGAAGAGGAUGCAGAACAGAUUUUUAGGAAUACAAAAGCUGCAACUUUAGCUGAUUCAUCACCUGCAUCAGUUCCACUACCACUUCGUGUUGAGCCCAAACCAAAAAGUGGGAUUAGACAGCAAGAUCUGUUGAAAAAAGUUGUAGAAAUUAAGCCCAAGCGAUUGAAAGUUUCUAGUCCACUUGAGGUAACUGUGAAUAACUCCUUAAUUUCUAGUGAUUUUGGUCACAGAAGUCCGAAAUCGGAAGUUGACAAGGUGAAGGAGAAAGGGCAGAUUUCUUUGACUUCAAAGAAAGCAGGUGAGGUUGAAGUAGAAGAAGGUGAGACUAAAAUAGAAACCCCUGUUAAAAGUUUAUUAGGUCUAGAAUAUGCUAGUUCUGAUGAUGAAGAUGACUGAUUGUAAAGUGGAAUUUUUGCAAAGAGAAUGACCAAUUUAGUAGCUUUUAACUGUCAACUGAGAUUGUGUCUUGUUUAUUAUUACAAGUGUUUCCAAAUGUUUGAGGAUGAUUACCUCCCAACCAGAUGAUUGUCUAUUAUCACAUAGAAAGUAGGAAAACAGUUUGUACCUUGCAAGUGUUUUCAUGCUGGAAUGCAGAGUUAUUUCUUCUA